AUGAAUAUGCUCUCAAUAGAAAUAGAAGUUUCUAGUUCAUUAGAUCCUUAAAUUAACGAAAUUUUUAAAAAUUUUUAUUCAGACUUUUUAUCUAAACUUAUUAAUCGUAUUUAUUAAAGAUCUAUAAUACACUACCUUUUUCGAAGUAACUUAAGAAUAUAAAAAAAUCAUAGAAUUAUUAAAAGUGAUUGCAGAGAUACAAGUGGAUGAUAAUUUAUUGAUUAAAUAUAUUCUUUAAUUGUAGAUCUUUAUUUUUUGUAAAAUUUUAGCAGAAUUUGAAUAUUUAGAAGCAAUAAGAAUAAAUCGAGAUCCAAUUUAAAUAAUAUAGUUGUAUAUAGGUAUCCUACAAUUAGCUAUUGGAUUCACAAAAUAGGAAAGAAUAAAAGAUAGAUUUAUUUUAGAGGGUGAAAUGAUAGAUUUAUUUUAGAGGGUGAAAUAGUUAGCUUGUGAUAAUAAUUCAAAUUUAUUAGAAGUUAUUUUUAGGUUGGAAGAAGAAUAUGUUUUAUUGAUUAUAGGGUUGUUAAUAUAAUUAUAGAAAAGGAAGAAAUUAUGAGAGAGAAAAAUUAAGAACUAGCUAGAAAUAUAAAGAAAUAAGGAACUUGGGGAUAUUUUAAAGUUAUAAGAGAAGCAAUGAUUAAGAAGAAUAAAUAAAUUGAUUAUUAUUUUUAAUAAUUAUAAAUGACUCACAGGUACUCGUAUGGUUAUAAGAAGUCUUACAGUAAUUUAUAUGAGAUGAAUUGUUAGUUGAGACACCAAAACGCUAUUAAUAUUAAUCAAUGGAUCGAUUACCUAAAUUACCAUCAAUUACUUCAGAUGCUAAGUAAGAGUUUAAUAAUAUUCAGACAGUCUUGGAAAGUAGGUAGAAAAGAAUAAUCAACAAAUUUAGGAGUAAUGAGUUUACCCGGAUAAUUAAUGAGUGGAAAACAAAAAAUUAAUUAAGAUGCCUUCAUAAUAGAAAAGAGACUCAAUUUAUUUGGAGUAGCAGAUGGUCAUGGUGUAAAUGGAGAACGUGUUUCUGGUUUCAUAAGGAUCACUCUUCCUAAAUAUAUUGAGUAAAGUCUUUUAGAUCCCAAAGAAACUUUGAUAAAAGGAAUCUUAUAAACAAACAAUGAAUUGGUGAAUAAUACGAAAAUUGAAACUGUCAUAGCAGGUUCUACACUAUGUUGUGGUUUAAUAAAAUUAAAUAAAUUAUAUGUAGCAAAUGUUGGUGAUAGUAGAUGUGUUAUAGCAAAAUAAAUGGGUAAUUCUUGGUAAACCAUUGAAUUAACAAAUGAUUAAAAACCCUCUAGAGAAGAUGAAGCUAUUAGAAUAUUAAAAUCAGGUGGACGUAUAGCUGCUCAAUAAGAUAUUUAUGGUAAUUAAGUUGGCCCACUUAGAGUCUGGUUAAAAACAUUAAAUGCACCAGGAUUAGCUAUGACUAGAGCAAUGGGUGAUAGAUUGGGUGCAUAAGCAGGAGUAAUAGCAACACCUGAAAUUACAGAAUAUGAAUUAACAAAUGAGGAUAAAAUUUUAGUAUUUGCUUCAGAUGGAAUAUGGGAAUAUUUAACUUCAUAAGAAGUUGUUUCAAUCUUGACCUCAUGUUACGAUAAAAAUAUAAGUGCUGAAUUAGCAGCAUAAAAAUUACUAAAUUUAGCAGUAGAUGCAUGGAAAAGAAAUAGUUUAGCUAGAGAUGAUAUUACUUGCGUUGUCCUAUAUUUAUGA